UGUAUUAAUGGAGCUUUUGUGUGGACGCUGUAUUGUUUUGCUGGGUGGUCUCUUAGUUGUCAGCGGGAGGCCCGGGGCCAAUUAUAGGGGGGGGGCAUGAAUAGUUUGUGUAUGUGUGUGUGCUGACAUGGACCUUCCAUGAUGACGUUCUGUCAGAUGACUGGUGAGGUAGGGAGAAAAGAGAAAGAGAGCAGAAGAGAAACAUAAACCGUAGAGCAGCAGGAUUAAAUGACAACAUAUUGAGAAGCAAAAGAGAAAUUGAAAACAAAAAGACAAGGUGAGAUUGUGUUGACAACUAAAGAGACGUUUUACCAAAUGAAAUGGAAUCGAAGAGACUAAGACAAACUUGGGAUUAUCAGUAACGGAUCAACAGAAUUGGAGUUCCUCAAGCAUGGACUAGCUUGGGUGUCUGCGUACACACACACACACACACACUCUUUCUACAAGCACACACGUUUGGUUUCCUGUUGUAAGGCGUCUCGGCAGUGGACAGGUGUCAGUAUGCAGGAGUCCCCGGGUGCCGUGGGUGUAGAUGGCAGCUACGCCAGCAACGUUCCAGCCUUCCUCACCAAGCUGUGGACCCUGGUGGAGGAUCCAGAUACCAACCUCCUCAUCUGCUGGAGUGCUUCUGGGACUAGUUUUCAUGUCUUUGACCAGGGGCGAUUUGCCAAGGAAGUCCUUCCAAAGUACUUUAAACACAAUAAUAUGGCCAGCUUCGUUCGACAGCUCAAUAUGUAUGGAUUCCGUAAGGUAGUCAACAUUGAGCAAAGUGGUCUGGUGAAGCCCGAGAGAGACGACACGGAGUUCCAACAUCUUUACUUCCUCCAGGGACAUGAACACAUGCUGGAACACAUCAAGAGGAAGGUGUCCAUAGUGAAGAGUGAGGAGACCAAAGUCCGUCAGGAGGACCUCAGUAAACUGCUCUAUGAAGUCCAGCUUCUCCGAACACAACAGGACAACAUGGAGUGCCAGAUGCAGGACAUGAAACAGCAGAAUGAAGUGCUGUGGAGAGAGGUGGUCUCACUGAGACAGAAUCACACGCAGCAACAGAAAGUCAUGAACAAGCUGAUUCAGUUUCUGUUCAGCCAGAUGCAGUCCACCACACCCAGCACUGUAGGCUUAAAGAGAAAGCUGCCCUUGAUGUUGGACGAUGGUUCUCCCAGCGCUCCGGGCUCCAAGUUCAGCCAUAGUCACACGAUGGAGCCCAUGCAUGAGCCUUUCUACAUCCAGUCGCCAUCGAGUGAUACUGCCUCUUGUUCUACCAGUGGGCUGACAGGGGGGCCGAUAAUAUCUGAUGUAACUGACAUGUCUCAGCCCAGUAUGGCCCUCCAGAUGCAGCCUGAUGAAACAAGGGAAAAGAGCAUGAUGCUCAUCAAAGAGGAGCCCGUGAGUCCAGGAGUGAGAGGAGGAAGGAAAGGAGACAACGCAGGGGGAGGAGAUCCCGGAGUGUUGGCGUCCUCCUGUGAGGUGUGCUCCUCAGAACCUCCCGUGCUCCCCGUCGCAAUGGUCCAGUCUGUCCUGGAGGGGAGGGGCUCCCUGGCCUCUACGGUGGAGAGGAGAAGUAAGAGACCUGCCCUGGACAGAGCGGAGGGAUCCGAUGUGGGGGAGAACGUGGACAUGAGCCUGGAGGAGCUGCAGCAGCUGCUGCUCAGGAGCCAUCAGCAGAGCACUGUGGAAGCUGGACCCAGUGCUGUUCUGGAUCCGUUCAGUUUAAGCCUUCCUUUGACUGAGUGGAACUUCACAGAGAUUGAGUCCAACCUCAAAUCAUACAUGUUCCAGAACCAGGAAGCGGAGGCUUUUCCACCUGCUGGCUGUGAGGAGCAGUGAUCCAUCUGCACUGUGGACCGGUUUCAAAAUGGAAGGCCACAGAUGUGGAUGUUCUCCUCAUUAUCCCACUCUGCAUGGAUUUGAUCCCUCGGCUCUGCCAGGCUGCUUCUUGCACGUGGUUUUCUUUGCUUCCCUCCUUCUUUCUUUCUUUCCAUUAACACACCUACAAAAUGCCUGAAUCCAUGUAUUUCCAUCAGCCAGCAGCUCUAUAUGCAUGAUUCUUGAACAAGAAAAGAACCUGAAGUUACAUACAAGCAUGUUCAGACAGUUCUACCUGGAUUCCACUAUUAAGCGAGCUGGAUGCUGAUUGUAGCAUUUCUAGGCUGCGGCACUUUAGUCUUUGUGCGAGAGGGAGUUCUUGCUUGUGGAAGUGACUUUUUCUUCCUCUAAUGUAUAAACAUUUAGAUUUAUCUAUUAAGGAGGUCAAAAAAGAAUAUUUUAAAUAUUUAAUCCUUUUUACAUUUUUUGUAUUUGUAUUCAAGAAAAUUGUUGAAAAGUCGCUCUGAAAAUAAAUCUUGGAGUGCAAUGUAGCAUACUGUAUAUUAUAAGUCCUUUUUUCAGUCGGUUUAAGAGUGUUGAAAAUGUAAGGGCUCAUCAAAUAUUUCAUGCAUUUCCAAUCAUGAUAAAUGUGUUGAGAUGGAUGAGAGGGGAUUCAGCCUUUCAUGAUAUCAAAGGUUCUUGUGCAAAAAUGUGUAUUCAAGCCACUGAAAUCUAAAGAAAGCUUUUGUUCUUUUAAUAAUAUCAUGAUAGCAGGUUUAACACACUGACGCGCCCAUCUAAUGUAUCUUUGCACAGGCCUGACAUGUAACUAGAGACUUGGUUACUUCUCUUCUGUCCAUUUAAAUGUGAAGUUUAAAGAAAUAUUAAAAAAUAGACUUCUCAUUUAACUAAACCAUGAACACCACUGCAUUUUUGCACAAUCUGUAUCACUAGUUAGAAAUAGUCAUGACAACAGUUCAGUUAUUUUGUGUUUGUAGACAACCAACACUUUGUCAAUCACAUGCCUGUCUAAGAAAGAUACUGCCCUCAAAAUAUGUUUUUUUUUUAAGCUUAAAGGCAAAUUUUAGUCUUGGAGACAUAUUGUCUCUGAAAUUUGAUACUUUUCAUUAUAUGGUGGGGUGGUUAUUUGAGAAUUUUAUUCGUUAUAGAAUCACGAAUACCUAUUUAAAAGACUGCAUAUUAAUCCCUUGAAUAUUUAAGAAAACCAAUAAUCAUUCAAUGUAGAAUAUGUGUCCUCUGCACUGGUUGCAGGUAACAGUUUAAAGGUAAAUUGAUGCUAAAUAUUGGAAAUAUCCUGGAGAUGAGUUGAAUCGUGCAAUACUGUACAAAACUGUGAGAACUUACAAAGUUGCAAAACAUGAAUGACCAUAGGAAUGUAGGAAACAGCUACUUGGGGUGGUGGACUACAACACACCAGAAGGAUGAUGUUAGCCUGUGAGAUUAAAAGCCCUGCUAGUACUUUACGCAAGUCCAUCCCCCUUUUUACAAGCAAAAAGAAUUCAACUAACUUUACCCACAACUCCGUUGUCAGAGCUAAACACCGAUGCUAGCAAGGUUAAAAAUGAGCUGUUGCAUUAGCUUUUUGAAAAAGCCAUCUUUUUUCCAUUAUGCCCUUAAAAUCUGUGUGUGACAACCACUAUUCAUUAGUUGACUCUAAAUACUGAAAGUAAAAAAACAAAAAACAAUGCUCUGAUGGACAUGAAAAUGAUUUAAUGUUUUGGAAAAUGCGCUAAGGAAGAGUAGCUCAUGGCUGCGUUCCUCUUGUGUCGAUUCACCCUCACAUUAGCAUUGAUUUACAAUAUUAAAAAGCUAAUGCAAAAUGCUCCCUGCAGGUUAACAUUGUUUUUGUGGCACCUCCUUCUCAGUACAGACUAUAGGGAGAACGGUGAAAAAACAAGCUGGGGUGUAUUGUAAGUGUAAUUGCACUAUAUCACAGUUGUAUGAGUAUACAGUACAUUUUACAUAUAGCAGUUAUUAUUGUUCUUCAUGGUAAAAUGAGUGUUAUUGAUUUUUUUUAAAGAGUGAUGAAUCCACACAUUUAGUUGCUGUUGUGUUCUUAAUUUAUUCUGUUUUCAAUUUACCAUUUGCACUGGAAAUCAACGGAUGUGUGUUCAAAUGGCUUUUAAGCUUGCCAGGAUUGCAGAUACAUGAGGACGUAUUAUCGUUAACUGAGUGAACAUAUCUUUGCUCUAACUUAGCCUGGUAUCCCAAAGCACUGGUUCCAAUCUAACCAUACUUCAGCAUAUUGAUACAUUUACAAUGAAUACAAAACGGACGAGAAGACCCUGUCUUGUUUUAACAAAGUAUGCUAGUUGUCCAUAAAGAGACAGGGAAUCUGCGUGCUUAGAUGCCUUUAAAGUGGGCCUCAACCUGCAUAAAAUGUGAAUUGUUUUUGAUGUUUUUUUGCAAAGACUAAAGAGUUUUGUUAUUGAGAGUCAAAGAAAGUGAACAUGUAUUCCACCUGUAAGAAAUAUUCAAGUUGUUAAAAGAAAUAAAAGUGAAAGAAUGCAAACCAAGA